CUUGCCGUUGAAACGCACAGUCAGUAGUAAAGAUCAGUAUCUAACGCGCCUUUCGCGGAUUAAACACGAUGCGUUUAUCUCGCAAAUCCAAGGUAGAUGUUUACAAGCGAGAUAACGACUAUAGUCUUCAGUUAAAUCGUUGGAUUUUGAAGCCGAUAGGCAUUUGGCCCGAAUCACCCACGAGCUCGAUUAUCGAAAAGAUUUUAUCAAAAAUUGUGAGAAUAGUAUGUCACUCUUUAAUAGCUCUCACUGUCAUACCUUCUAUAUUGUAUAUACUAUUUGAAGAGAAAGACUUCCGUUUGAAAUUAAAAGCUCUAGGACCCACGAGUCAUUGGCUCAUGGGCGGUAUGAAUUAUUGCUCGUUACUAUAUCAAAAUAAACAAAUACGUAAAUCUAUCGUGCACAUGGAAACCGAUUGGCGUAUAGCAAAAAGAGAGAACGAUCGGGAAGUGAUGCUGAAAAAUGCGAGAGUAGGUCGCGUUAUAGCGGGCGUUUGUGCGUUGAUUAUGCAAGGUGGUAUUCUCGCUUAUAACGUGGCGAGAGGAAUAUCGCCUAUAGUCGUGGUUAUUGGCAACGAAACAGUAGCAAUUGGUCGCUUACCUUGCCCGUCUUACAAUAAAAUCGUGGAUACCAGGUUUAGUCCGAUAUACGAAGUCCUAUUUACGUUGCAAUUUGUUUCUGGCAUAAUAGUAAAUAGCACCACGGUCGGUGCGUGUGGUCUCGCUGCAGUUUUCACGAUGCAUGCCUGCGGUCAGCUUAAUAUAGUGAUGUUGCGACUCGAGGAACUAGUCGAUGGAAAACGGCACGAUAUUAUAGUUCAGAGAAAACUGGCGAAUCUUGUGGAACAUCAUUUGCGCACAUUAAGGUUUCUUUCGCGCAUGGAAAUAAUUAUGCGUCAAAUUUGUUUUGUGGAAUUAGUCGGAUGUACAUUCAACUUAUGUAUGCUUGGAUAUUACACUAUUUCGGAAUGGUAUGAGGAAAGUACAAACACUUUAAUAACGUAUUUCAUUGUUUUUACAUCGAUGAUGUUUAAUAUCUUCAUUUUUUGCUACAUCGGUGAACUUGUUACAGAACAGUGUAAAAAAGUCGGUGAGGCAGCUUAUAUGAUAAAUUGGUAUCAAUUGCCGCAUAAAACUGUGCUCGGUCUAAUUUUAAUUCUUAUACGAUCGAGCAUUGUUAUCAAAAUCACUGCUGGAAAAAUAUUUCAUAUGUCAAUCGCAACUUUCGGUGAUGUAAGUGUUACGAAGAGUGCUUAUAUGUCAUUUCUCAACUGUACACAAUUCAAAGUAAUUAUCUUUCAGGUAAUUAAAACAUCUGUGGCAUACUUAAAUAUGCUUAGAACUUUAACCGUGUAAAAAUAUUGUACACUACAAUGUAAAUUUAACGCUUAAUAAAUUCCAUAUAAUAUUUGUCAUUAGAAAUAGUCAACACAGUAUACCUGUAAUCAAUUAAAUAAUUAAUUUUUUAAUUCUAAGUAUUCUUCUGCUAUACCUGAAAUGAGACUCGAAUAAGACACGUGCUGCUUGCUAUAUAAAUAUUUAAAAAUAUACAAGAGAAAAGACAUAUUCUUUAACGAGA